UUAGCAAAAUGCCAUCUCCUGAAUUGUAAACUAGCUCAAAGGUGAAUGUGAUUAGGGAACUGAAGUACUGCAAGAGCAAAGGGCAACAGCAGAGAAGACAGAAGUUCUGAAAGACACAGACAUACAGAAUCGUGAAGAAAAAAUGGCCACGUCCCAGAUUGCAACCUUGUCCGUGUUAGUUUCCUGUGUUUGUGGCACUGUCUUCCCCAGAGACCAGACUUGGUUUGAAGGUGUCUUUUUGUCCUCAAUGUGCCCUCUCAACAUUAGCAUGAACACCAUGUAUGGUAUCAUGUUUGAUGCAGGGAGCACUGGGACUCGAAUUCAUGUUUAUACCUUCGUACAGAAAAUACCAGAACAGCCUCCAACACUGGAAGGGGAAAUCUUUGAAUCUCUGAAGCCAGGUCUUUCUGCCUUUGCAGAUCGUCCGAAGCAGGGUGCUGAGACUGUUCAGAGACUCUUAGAAGUGGCCAAAGAAUCAGUCCCCCCAAGUCACUGGAAAAGGACCCCAGUGGUGUUAAAAGCUACAGCAGGACUCCGGCUCUUGCCAGAUCACAAAGCCCAGGCUCUACUCUUGGAAGUAAGCAAGGUCUUCAAAAAAUCACCUUUUCUGGUACCAGAAGAUAGUGUUAGCAUCAUGGAUGGAUCUUAUGAAGGAAUAUUAGCCUGGGUUACUGUGAAUUUUCUAACAGGUCAACUGCAUGGUCAAAAUCCAAAGACUGUUGGGACUCUGGACUUGGGAGGAGCAUCCACCCAAAUCACAUUCCUGCCCCAGUUUAAGAAAACCCUGGAACAAACCCCCAGUGACUACCUCACAUCCUUUGAGAUGUUCAACAGCACAUAUGAGCUCUACACACAUAGUUACUUAGGAUUUGGGCUAAAAGCUGCUAGACUUGCAACCCUGGGAGCACUGGACAUGGAAGUAAUUAAAGGACAGACAUUCCGAAGUUCCUGUCUACCCAAGUGGUUGGAGGCAGAAUGGGAUUUUGGGGGAGUGAAAUAUCAGUAUGGUGGCAGACAGGAAGGAGAGACAGGGUUUGAGGCCUGCUAUUCUGAAGUGCUUCGGGUGGUUCGAGGAAAACUUCACCAGCCAGAUGAGAUCCGCAAAAGCUCCUUCUAUGCCUUCUCUUAUUAUUAUGAUAGAGCAGUUGACACAGAUAUGAUUGAUUAUGAAAAGGGAGGCAUUUUAAAAGUGCAAGACUUUGAAAAAAAAGCCAGGGAAGUGUGUGACAACUUGGAAAAUUUCACAUCAGGCAGUCCAUUCCUGUGUAUGGAUCUCAGCUACAUAACAGCCUUAUUAAAGGAUGGCUUUGGGUUCAUGGACAGCACUAUCUUACAGCUCACAAAGAAAGUGAAUAACAUAGAGACUGGCUGGGCCUUGGGUGCUACCUUUCAUCUACUACAAUCUCUAGACCUUUCCCACUGAGGCCCAAGUACUUCCUACAAGGACUACAAUUGCCAAUCAGUGACCUUUCCAGAAGGAGGAGUGACGGGCUGUUCACACUACUGAAUGAGCCUAGAAUACCGUGGACCAAAGCCAAGCAGCUAGCUCCAUGGGGAGCUAAUGAAAUUAGUGGAUGGGAUUUGACCUAGAUCCUUAUGAUUUCUGUUUAAUUACUUAUACACAUUUAAUGUGAGCCAUCACCUGACUUCUCUGAAUGUUUGGAGCCAUUACCAGAGUCUUAAACAUUUGAGUGAGCCUCUAUCUGUAUUGUGAAAAAACAAUAUCAGCCAAAAAGGGGAGAAUUAGGAAUUCUGCCCUUGGGUUGGGCUCCAAGGAACAAACUCUAAGAGUCAACUCUGCACCCCCAACAGGCUUCAGAAUCAAAUUCUGGAUAUCCAUGUGGGACCAAAGAAAGCUAAAAGAAAAACCAACCUUUGGAAUUCUCAUCUCUUUUGAAAAGCUCCAACUUGUCUAUAUGUUAAAAUGAUUCCUUUAUAAUCCCAUAA